CACCCUAAAACCUCAUCUGAUUUCCUCACUCUCGCUCUCCCUCAGUCCCAUUUACCCAAAAAUGGUUCAAACCCUAGUCCGAGCCAUUGCCAUGGCCGCCGCCGCAACCACCACCACCGCCUCUCGCCACUCCACAAUCUCUCUCCUCGUACCCAAACGUCUCUUCUCCACAUCCAAACUCACCCAACCUCCCUCCGUCCCAUCUCUUAUACUCGGCCGUCGCUCUCUCGCCCCUCUCUCGCAUGCCGUCCGCUUCCCCCCCCCCUCGCCUCUCAACUCCGGUUCAAACUUCAGUGACCGUCCACCCACUGAAAUGGCCCCGCUUUUCCCGGGAUGCGACUACGAGCACUGGCUCAUAGUCAUGGACAAGCCCGGAGGUGAGGGUGCUACAAAGCAGCAGAUGAUCGAUUGCUAUGUUCAGACCCUGGCUAAAAUCCUUGGGAGCGAGGAAGAGGCGAAGAAGAAAAUUUACAAUGUGUCCUGCGAGAGGUAUUUUGGUUUUGGUUGUGAGAUUGACGAGGAGACCUCGAAUAAGCUUGAAGGCAUGCCUGGUGUUCUUUUUGUGCUUCCGGAUUCAUAUGUUGAUCCCGAAUAUAAAGACUACGGGGCUGAGUUAUUUGUGAAUGGAGAAAUUGUUCAAAGGUCACCUGAAAGGCAGAGGAGGGUGGAGCCACAGCCCUCGAGAGCUCAGGACAGACCAAGAUACAAUGACAGAACCCGAUACGUGCGCCGAAGGGAAAAUGUGCGGUAAAAUGAAUGCAAGGCCAGCUAUGUACAUAUACGUAUGGUGAAGAAAAAGGUUGUUUGCCUUGGUAGUUGAACUUGUGAGUUGUAACUACGAAAUUGGAUGAUUAUUAUUUGCUGUUCUCAAACCCUUCAGUUGUUAUGGAUCUUCAAGGCUUUGAGCAAUGCCAAAACUUGAACAAGUUUUAUGUAUGCAAUUUGACACUAUAUUAGUGCUCUAGAGACCUUUUGGCCCCAUAUAAAUUAUUAUUUUGCUCCCA